UUUUACUUUCUUACGAACACCGGUGCCGCAGUCGGCAUUUGCGCAUUAUCAGCACAUUUUCUAUAAUAUUUAGCAACUUUUUGAGACGACAAAAUGGUAGUAAGGACUUACCAGGAUGAACUGAAGUAUCUGGAGAAGGUUGGAAACUGUGCAUGGAGAAUAAAGAAAGGCUUUGUAGACAACAUGAAUGUUGAAGGUCUGUUCUUUGUGAAUGAGGUUUUGGAGAAACUGAUGUUUGAUGAACUGAAGCAGUCAUGUAGGAGUGGUGGAUAUGGUGGUUUUCUACCUGGAAUGAAACAGAUAGGAAAUGUUGCUGCCUUACCUGGCAUUGUUGGGAGAUCUAUAGGUCUGCCAGAUGUACAUAGUGGAUAUGGUUUUGCUAUUGGUAACAUCUACUUUUGCAAUAGUCAUAAUGUAUAAUCUGUUGUCUCCCCUGGUGGUGUGGGCUUUGAUAUAAACUGCGGUGUACGUUUGUUAAGGACAAACCUCACAGAGAAAGAUGUACAACCUGUGAAGGAACAGCUAGCACAGUGCCUGUUUGAUCAUAUACCUGUAGGUGUAGGCUCCAAAGGAAUUAUACCCAUGAAUGCAAAAGAUCUUGAAGAAGCUUUAGAGAUGGGAAUGGACUGGUCAUUGAGAGAAGGUUAUAUAUGGGCUGAAGACAAAGAACAUUGUGAAGAAUAUGGCCGGAUGUUACAAGCUGAUCCAUCUAAAGUCAGUCCUAGAGCCAAGAAACGAGGUCUUCCACAGCUGGGCACACUAGGUGCUGGCAAUCAUUAUGCUGAGAUUCAGGUGGUUGAUGAAAUAAUAGAUAAUUUUGCUGCUAAAAAGAUGGGAAUAGAGUUCAAGGGUCAGGUGUGUGUAAUGAUCCACUGUGGCAGUCGAGGACUUGGUCAUCAAGUUGCAACAGAUUCCCUGGUUGUGAUGGAGAAAGUAAUGAAGCGUGACAACAUAUUAACAAAUGAUAGACAACUUGCUUGUGCCAAGAUCAAUUCCCAGGAAGGUCAAGAUUACCUCAAGGGUAUGGCUGGAGCAGCCAACUAUGCCUGGGUCAACAGAUCCAGUAUGACUUUCCUAGCAAGACAGGCUUUUGCUAAGAUGUUCAAUUCAACCCCUGAUGACCUUGACAUGCACGUGAUUUAUGAUGUGUCACACAACAUCGCUAAAGUAGAGGAACAUUUUCUAGACGGCAAGCAGAAGACACUUUUAGUACAUAGGAAAGGUUCGACCAGAGCUUUCCCGCCACAUCAUCCUCUUAUACCUGUAGAUUAUCAGUUGACAGGUCAACCUGUGUUGAUUGGAGGAACUAUGGGAACAUGUAGUUAUGUUCUUACUGGUACAGAACAUGGAAUGAAUGAGACAUUCGGAACUACUUGUCACGGUGCUGGGAGAGCAAUGUCACGAGCUAAGUCCCGACGUAACUUGGACUAUACAGAUGUAUUAAAUGCACUGGAGGAGCAGGGAAUCAGUAUACGUGUAGCAUCACCAAAACUUGUCAUGGAGGAGGCACCACAAUCUUAUAAAAAUGUAACAGAUGUUGUUGAUACAUGUCAUAUGGCUGGUAUAAGUAAGAAAGCUAUCAAACUUCGACCAAUCGCUGUGAUCAAAGGAUGAUGUCACGUGACUGUUACUUGGUGCAAUAUCAUGACUAAUCUAACCUCCACAAACUGUGAUUGUGUCCGGCGUGAGAAGCUUGCUUGUAAUGGGCGUGUUCUUUUAAUGACCGGGAAAUCUUCCAUGUGUUUAAGAAUAAUGUUAUUACAUGUAUUAUCAUUAUCAAGUUUAUUUAAUUUUUGGACUGGAUAUCUUUGUCUGUUUAAGAACAAUGUUCUUCUCAUCAUUAUCAAUUUUAUUGAAUUUUCUAUACAUGUUUGGAGAUUUUCUGAUGUUAAC